UAGCGCUUUGUGGAACAGAGUUGCUCUCUGUUUAAAAGUGUCAGAGAGAGGAACAGAGUUGUUCCCUAAACUAAAUUACUCAAAAUCGACCAAGAUCUCUCGAUCAAGAUCGAAUAUUCGAUCUCAUCUCUCUGUCUCUAAGAAUAGAGAAAUGAGUUGCAUCUCUGAGUUGGGGGAAGAUGAAGUUAAUUCCUUUUUCGAGUCGUCUCCACCUCUCAAGAACAUGGAAGAGAUUGUCCAGAAGCUCAAUGCCUUCAUCCACCUCAAUUCGUCAGCAGGAGGGAGGAGGAGGAGGAUCGUAUGCGUAACCUCAGGGGGAACUACGGUUCCUUUGGAGCAGCGAUGCGUAAGAUAUAUUGAUAACUUCAGCUCUGGCAAUAGAGGUGCUGCUUCUACUGAGAACUUCGUCAAGGCUGGAUAUGCUGUCAUUUUUCUCUUUAGGAGGGGAACUUGCCAGCCAUAUUCCCGGUCUCUUCCCGAUGAUCCAUUCCUUGAAUGCUUCCAGUUUCCAGAUAACACCAACAUUCAAGUUAAUGCAUCACAUGUGGAAGCUGUGAAAAUGGCUGUUAUGGACCAGCAAGCUGUACGUAUUGUAUAUACCACUUGUGUCUUUUUUUUACUACCAAAAAAAAUGAUGAUCACUAUUGUUUGUGUGUUUUUAACAUUGCAGGCAGUAGCUGAAUCUCGCUUACUAAAGCUCUCAUUCACAACCAUCUAUGAGUAUCUUCAGAUGUUGCAGUUGAUUGCAACGGCGCUGAAAGACGUCGGUCCAUGUUCCAUGUUUUAUCUUGCUGCGGCUGUGUCUGACUUUUAUGUGCCGUGGAAGAGCAUGACAGAACACAAAAUAGAAUCAGGAUCUGGUCCUCUGGACAUAAGACUAGCUCAAGUCCCUAAAAUGCUUUCAAUCUUGAGAGCAAACUGGGCUCCAAAGGCUUUCUGCAUAUCAUUUAAGCUAGAGACAGACUCAAAGAUUCUGAUAGAGAAGGCUACAAAGGCUCUACGGAAGUACAAAGUGCAUGCGGUUGUAGCCAAUGAGUUAUCAACGCGCAAGGAAGAGGUUGUGGUUGUUUCAAGCAGCGGUAACGUUGUGGUUAGGUGCGAUAGCGAGAAGCCUGGAUCUAUUGUAGAGGAUAAUCUUAUUCGUCUCAUUGUUGAUCGGCAUUCGACUUACAUCAAAGAAUUUAGCACUUGAAAUAUUUCUCAAAUGAUUCUAUGUCAAGAAUAGGACAGCUGCAAUGAAAUGUCAAUGCAUACAUUCUUGAAUUCAUCUUGUUGCAUCGAUGUUCUUUAGAACAAUUCUUGUUGCCUCUCUACUAUGGUCGUUUCUCUUUCAGACUUUCAGUUUCUUUCUUUGGUAA